GAUUAGCUAAUCAUGACUAGUGUCUCGGGUCUGGUGGUCGUUGGACUGAUGCUCUUGGUGUAUACCGCAGCCGACGAUAAGAGCUAUAGCUUGGAGCUGAACUCCUUCGAUAAGAAUCCCAAAUUUGAGAACGAUGACACCUGGGUCGACUGGGGUACGUUGCGCAUGAAGAAGGUGGCACGCAAUAAGUACACCGUGGACGGGGAGUUCGAGUUUAAAAAGAAUAUAGGCGACGAACAGAAGUUAUCGCUGCAAGUAUUUGCCUACGAUGAGGCCGCCAAGCAAAAGGGUCCCAUGGUCAUGAAUGUGAACAAGCCGUUCUGUGAGUUCGUCAACGAGGACGUUGACACGUAUCCGAAUCUGCAGAAGAAGUCCAAUCUGCCGGAGCAGGGCGAUUGUCCGUUCCCCAAGGGCAAGUACACAAUCGAUAACUACGAGAUGGAGACAACAUUCCUGCCCGAAGAUGCACCUAAAGGGGAUUACCUAUUGGAGCUCAGCUUGUUGGACAAAGAUGUUGGCAUAUCGGGUCUGGUGGCAUCCGUCACGCUAACCUAGUGACAGCUUCAAACCUUUUUUUUUUUCUUAUCAUAUCCUUUGUUUUGGGUGGAUCCAUUUAGCACUGCAAGCGUUUUACAUAUAUGAAUACUUUCUAUUUUGUAUUGUAGCUUAAGUUUUAUUCCAUUUCUGUUUAUGUGACAAUUAUUAAAUGCUUCGCUUUCAAGGAC